AUGGCACCCAAGAAAGAGAAAGGUGGGGCGGCCAGCACCAACUCGAAGGCGUGGGAACCAUCGCUCAUCGCUGCGCACUUCAAUCAGGCCAACUGGAAGGGCUCCAUCGCUUUCGUGGUUGGAAACCAGCUGGAGGACGAUCUGCUCAUUCGAGCCCUCGCCCUCGCUGUCCAGGUCCCUCUGCGCAAACUCUUCAGUAUCAUAUCCUGGCAAGACAUUCUCCAGCAGAUUGAUGAAGCACAAACUCUCCUUGGAACCACAUCUAAAAAGACAAAGCAACCUGUAGGCACUCCCUUAUAUUAUGAGGUGUUAAUAGCAGCAAAAGCAAUUAAGGACAGUGGAGAGAAAUUAACCUUACCACUGAUAGGGAAACUCUUGAAAUUUCAACUUCUCCAGAUUAAAUUUAAGGACCAACAGCGACGGGAAAACGAAAAGAAGGUGACAGAAGACAGAUUUAAGAUAGAAAAGGAGGAAGGGAAACUGAAAUCUCCCAAGGAAAAGAAGGGCACAGAUGCCAAGGCGGCCAAAGGAAAGGGGAAGGAUCAGCCCGAGGUGAGCACAGCCGUGAAGAAGACGACCCAGCUCAAGCGAAGAGGGGAGGAGGACGACACCAAGCUCUACAUCGACGAUGAGCCAGAUGAUGGUGCCCAACAUUACAUUAUCGUUGUGGGCUUCAACAAUCCUCAGCUAUUAGCGAUUAUGACUGAGCUUGGCAUCCCCAUAAACAGCGUGAUUAAAAUCUCUUCGGAGAAUUACGAACCUCUGCAGACGCACCUGGCAGCAGUUAGCCAGCAGCAGGAAGUUUUCCUCCAGCCAGAAGAUAUAGAAGCUGAAAAAUUGAAGAAAAAGAAUACCAUAAAAGAACUUGACAUUUUCUGGAAGUACUUGGAACCAAUCCUGAAUAAUGAGAAACCUGAAACAAAUCUCUUUGAUGUUGCUCGGUUUGAAUACAUGGUCAAGGCAGAUGACUACCCUUCCGACUGGUCGGACAGCGAGAUGAUGCUGGAACUGGGCACGAACAUUUUUGACAACAUUGCCUGCCUGAUGUACAACAGCCUGAACUGGAAGCGGCAGCACCGGCACUAUCUGGAAAGCAUGCGGCUCAUUAACGUCCCACAGGUGGUUAGUGAGAAGCCUGUCCUGGAAGUCACGUGGAUUUCUGAGGUUCCACAGCCUGUUGCUCCAGCCCCUGGGAAGAAGAAAGCACAAAAUGAAGAACCACAAGUGCCGCCAUCAGGCACGUGUGAGCCCUGUUGCUGGAGUGUUCUAGGCCGCGAGCUGAGGCCUUACGGAGUAGUGACUGUCCUGGCUUCUGUCAUCACAGCAGAAGUAGACAUGAGGUAUUACAACGAUUUGCUGAACCAGAUAGCAGAAGAAUUCAUUUCUGUGCCCCUGAUACUGCACUGUAUGCUGGAACAGGUUGUGGCAACCGAAGAAGACCUCAUCCCACCCAGUCUGGUGGAGCCGCCCCCCAGAGCAGACGGGCUGGACCACAGGAUCGCAGCUCACAUUGUGUCCAUCCUGCCCUCGCUCUGUCUCCCGGAGAGUGAGAAAAAGAAUCUCUGUAAAAUAUUUUUACCUGAAGACGAAAGGAAGAGCAAAGCAGUGCCCAGGGGCCCCCUACUGCUGAACUACCACGAUGCGCUGGCCCACAAGGAGUACGCGCUCCAGGACCAAAAGAAUUUUGACCCAGUUCAAAUCGAGCAGGAGAUGCAGUCCAAGUUGCCACUGUGGGAAUUACUUGAAUUCCCUCUGCCCCCACCAUGGAACAGCACAAAACGUCUAGCUACAAUUCAUGAGCUCAUGCACUUUUGUACAAAUGAACCCUUGAGCUGGAAUGAAGUAGAAAGAGCCUUCAAAGUGUUUACUUUUGAGAGCCUGAAACUCUCUGAGGUUGAUGAAGAAGGGAAACUAAUGCCUUCUAGGAAAAUGUAUGGGACAGAGUCUGAGAUGUUCAACAUACCUUGGGACAACCCUGCCAGAUUUGCUAAACAAAUAAGGCAACAGUACAUGGAAAAAAUGAACACCCAAGAGGCCAAAUACCAAACAGAUAUUGAAACCACAGACAAAGCUUUAUUUAUGGACAAGAAUUGGUCAACAUCUGUGCAAGAUGAUGCGAUCAAUAAAGAACCUUCAGAUCCUAGUCCACCUGAUGCUGACAAUAUAAAGCUUUCUGACCCGAAUAAUGAAAAACCCUUAGACCCUAAUAAUAGAGAGAGGUCACAGCAGGACACCAGCUUGAAGACCCGGCAACAACCUGAACCUUUGGAGCAGACCACGAACAAUGAGAUCAAAGAUGAAGCAGUCACAAAGGCUGAUUCUCUUGAAAAGAAACCCAAGAAGAUGACUGUGGAAGCAGAAUUAGAGGACAUACAGAAAACACAGCAACGCAGUCUAAUGGACUGGAGUUUCACUGAGCAUUUUAAACCGAAAGUUCUGCUGCAGGUUCUUCAAGAAGCCAAUCAGCAAUACAAGUGUAUAGAUUCUUAUUACCAUACCCAAGACAAUUCUCUACUUUUAGUCUUUCACAACCCAAUGAAUAGACAACGCCUGCAUUGUGAUCACUGGAAUAUCGCUCUUCACUCCAAUGUCGGAUUCAGGAAUUUUUUGGAACUUGUUGCAAAAUCCAUCCAAGAUUGGAUCAUGAAAGAAGAAGCUGUGUACAAGGAAUGUAAAAUGGCUGAGGAGGAGGUUGCUAAGACCGAGGCUGAGCGGGAAUUGAAGUCUGUUAAUGCCAAAGUUGUUCCUCCUGGCAAAAUGAAUCCUGUUAAAAAAUCUAAUAGUAACAAAGGAAUAAACAAAACAGAAAUAACAGAUCAAGAAAAAGAAAAAGAGAAGGAAAAAAGUUCUUUCAUUUUAGAAGGCUCUCUCAAGGCAUGGAAAGAAGAACAAGAUCGAUUAGCAGAAGAGGAGCGCAUAAGGGAAGAAAAAAAGGCAGAAAAGAAGAGCAAGGACGCCGGUAAAAAGAAAGGCAAAGAAAAGGCAGAGAAAGAAGAUAGUAAAAUUGCAAAGAAAAAAUCUGUUCCCAAGGAGAAAUAUAAAGAAGAGCAAAUAAAACUCCCAGAAAUACUAGAUGAUAUUCUCCAGGAACCGGAACCUGAGGUGGUUUACCCGUUUCAUGGAUACAAUAUGGGAGAUAUACCCAUCCAAAUCUCGGGCACGAAUUAUUAUCUGUAUCCUUCGGAUGGAGGACAGAUUGAAGUAGAAAAGACAACAUUUGAAAAAGGCUCAACAUUUAUCAAAGUGAAAGUGAAAAAGGACAAACACCAUUUUAUAAUUCAUUUAAAAGACCCUAAAAAAAUUAUAAAAAAGGAGAAAGAAGAAGAGGAUUCUUCUUCCGAAGAUGAGAAGAAAGGAAGAGAGGGAGAACAAUGUACUGAAGCAGAACAAUCAAAGAAUAAGGCUGUCAGCAAGUUUGGGUCUUUUUCUGCCACUUUGGAAAAUGGAAUCUGCCUGUCGAUCAGUUACUAUGGAUCCAGUGGAGCUGUGCCAGAGGACAAGGACCCUAACUUGGAAGCAAUGCUGAAUAUUCCAUCAGCACUCCUUCCCACAGUGAUUCCUGUGAUAGUGCCUGUUCCUCAAGCCAAAGGAAAAGUGAAACCCAAAGGCAGAGAAAAACCCAAAGACUCUCUUAAAGAAGAGGAGCACCCAAAAGAAGAAGAAAAAAAGGAAGAAGUAGAACCAGAACCUGUUUUACAAGAGGCUGUUUUCGUUCCCAGCUUCCAAAACCUAAAUGUGUCUUGCCCCAAUGGGCUCCUGGUGACCUUCAUUGGACAGGAGUCAGUGGAUAAAUGUGGUGUGGAUGAGGAACCCACCUGGGACAUCAUGGUCCGGCAGAGCUACCCGCAGAGGGUGAAGCACUAUGAGGUCUACAAAACAGUGAUGCCGCCAGUGGAGCAGGAGGCGUCGAGAGUCAUCACCAGCCAAGGCACUGUGGUCAAGUACAUGUUGGAUGGGUCUGCACAGGUUCUCUUUGCAGAUGGCGCCGUGAGCAGCAGUCCCGAUUCAGGGCCCAUGUGUCCGCCUGCCGAGAUGUCAACAGGUCCUCACAGUGCAGAGUUGAUGGACUCAGUUUCUCAGCAAAAAUCAGAGAUCUUACCAUCGGAUGUUGUCAUCACAAAGAAAGGGAAAAGUCACAAGAAUCAGUCAGUGGUGCCACACAAGAAUGAAACCCACGAACCUUCCACAGAAACAGCUCAGACGGUGACUCCUGUGGAGACUCACGCAGGCACCUGGUUCACCACCACACCUGCAGGAGGACGGAUCGGCACCAAGGGCUUGGAAAGACUAGCAGACUUGGCACCCUUUUUGUCCUUCAAGGCCACAGAUCCCGUCACUGGAACGGUGAUGACAACCCGAGAGGACAAAGUGAUCAUCGUUGAGAAGAAGGACGGGACCCGCAUAGUGGACCAUGCUGACGGUACCAGAAUCACAACCUUUUAUCAAGUUUAUGAAGAUCAAAUUAUUCCUCCGGAUGAUCAAAAAACCGAAGGUCUCCGCACUGUCACCAGGCAGGUGAAGUGCAUGCGGAUAGAAAACUCACACUAUGCCACUGUCAUCACCAACUGCGAGGACAGUCGAUGCUGCGCCACCUUUGGGGAUGGGACGUCUGUCAUCGCAAAGCCACAGGGGACAUACCAGGUGUUACCUCCAAACACAGGCUGUCUUCACAUUGACAGGGACUGUUCGGCGGUAUAUUGCCAUGAAUCAAACAGUGACAUAUACCACCCUUUCCAAAAACGCCAACGGCUGAGAACCAGCACGUACAUCAUGAAGCACACCUCAGAGGUCGUCUGUGAGGUCCUGGAUCCGGAGGGAAACACAUUUCAGGUCAUGGCUGACGGUAGCAUAUCAACUACGCUACCUGAAAACAAUAUGGAAGAUGAUUUAAUCGCCAGCCCUGAAGGCUAUGACACUUUAUCAUCUGCUCACCUUCAUAAAAAUCAUCUGCAAAUCUAUGGUGAACAUGUCCCCAGGUUUUUCGUUAUCUAUGCCGAUGGGUCCGGAGUAGAACUUCUUCGAGACAGUGAUAUAGAGGAAUACCUGUCCUUGGCAUACGGAGAAUCGACCACUGUAGUUCUUCAAGAGCCAAUAAAGGAACAGCUGGGGGCCCUCAGCAUCACUGUCCUUCGCCCUUUUUGCGAAGCAUCACCGUGGCUAAUGAAGAAAGAAUUAGAUACGGUCGUCCCUCCCAAUCUUCAGUCAAGGACAUGGGACACAUUUCCCUCAGCAGAGAAAAAAACUCCAGGACCUCCAUUUGGAACUCAGAUUUGGAAGGGCCUUAGCAUUGAGGCCAAACAGCUCGUGAACGCCCCAGCCCCGAUAGUCAAGAGCCCCAAAGUGCUGCAGAUACGCCAGUUCAUCCAGCACGAGGUCAUAAACAACGAGGUGAAGCUGAGACUACAGAUUUCCCUUAAGGAUUAUAUAAACCACAUCCUGAAGAAAGAAGAUGAGCUGCAGGACAUGACCGUGAAGGACUCCCGAACUGAGGAGGAGAGAGGCAACGCCGCGGAUCUUCUCAAGCUGGUCAUGUCAUUCCCGAAGAUGGAAGAAACUAUAACAAGUCAUGAUACUGAAAUUGCAGCCCACCUAAUCGAUCUGUACCAGCAGUCUUUGGCCACUCCUCCGGAACGUCUGCCGGAAACACUGGACACGGACCUCUCGGAAAAGAGGUGGAAGCACAUCGCGACGGUGCGGCGCUGGAAGGAAAAGAUAGCUCAGAAGAGGAGGGAAAUUGACCGCACAAACUAUUAUUUAAUGAAAAUUAGGAACAAAAUAAUAUCACCCUACUUCAAGUCUAAAUUGAACAAGACACAUCAAUCUCAGUUUCCUCGUCGGGACACCCUUUCCAACAACUUACAUCCUUUUACAAAGAAAAGUGAAGCUGCGAGCCACACAGCUGGAAAAAACACAGGUGCUCUUCACCCAGAUCCCCAGCCAAAAGAAGUUUUAAGACAGGACUCCUCAGAUACAUCUUAUCUUCCAAAAUUUGAGGGUUUUGUGAAUAUCAAGGAGUCCGCUAUCCAGAAGCAAACUGAAAAUGUAACAAAGUCUUCCGCAGAGCCAGAGUCGUGCAUGUCCGUGAAGAUCCCAACCCAGUCGCUGCUGCAGGAUGUCGCAGGGCAAGCGAGGAAGGAGAAAGUGAAGUUGCCUCACUACCUGCUGAGUACCAAGCCCCAGUCUCUACCUCUCACACAGGUGCAAGAUUCUGUUGGAGGAAGAGUGAAAACAUCCUCUCUUGCAUCGGCUGCCAUUAAUCACCCCAAUUCAUCCCCUUUUGGAUUCCAUCUUCUCCCUCCGUCAGUGCAGUUUGGGGUGCUUAAAGAAGGGCACACCUACGAAACCACUGUCAAGCUCAAGAACGUCGGAGUGGAUUUCUGCAGGUUUAAGGUCAAGCAGCCGCCACCCAGCACAGGACUGAAAGUGACCUACAAACCUGGGCCUGUGGCGGCUGGUUUGCAGGUGGACCUGAAAGUGGAGCUAUUUGCCAUGGCCGUGGGCGCAGACGGUGCCACGGGAUCCACACACGUCUCUCACAACAUCGAGAUCGUAACCGAGCAUGACGUCCUGUUCUUACCUGUGGAAGCGACAGUUUUAACAAGCAGCAAUUAUGAUAAAAGACUACAAGAUUUUCCCCAAAGAAAAGCAAAGCCCACAGACCAGAGAACGUCUAUGGUUCCCUCCUCUGAUCUCGGAGUCUUCUUGUCCCGUCAAGUCUCUCCAGAGUAG